AAAUUGAAACCGUUCGUGCUCUGUUCGACGCUCGCGCUUUCCGCUGCAGAAAAUACUUAUAAAUCCAACAUUUUUUUUAUUUCUAUAAUCCACCUACAUUUUUGUGUACCUGUCUGUGCGUAGGCGUUACGGUUUUUCGUGGGCUACUGGUACUGUUACUGCCCCCGCAAAAAAGUUAUUCCCACCUUCCCCUCCGUUUAAGCAAGGAAGACCAACAAGUGCUCACACUCAUACAGACAACUGCAACAGUGUGCCACUUGCAUUGCCCGGAGAGUGCGUUCAACCAAUUGAAAGUGAAUUGAAAGCGACAAGUGAAAAUAGAUCUGACAAAAGCGGCAGCGGCAGCAGCAGCAGCGGUAGAACCGUAAAGUGACAACGACAGCGACGGGAGACAAAGUAGAACAGUUUAAGCAAUUUUUUUUGCACAAAAAUAACAAACAGCUGUCUGCGCGAGUACGAGUGAGCAUCAGAGUGUGUGUGCGUGCGUGUUGUUGUUGUUUAUAAGCGUAACAGGUCCGCCUGCGUGGGAGAACCAAAAGAGAGCGAGAGAGAAAAGUCGAGUCGUGUGCACAGCUGCAUCUCUGUCCACAGCAUCAGAAUGACCGACCUAAACGAAUUGCUGGGAUCGCCAUUUGUGCGCGUCAAGUUGGUGGCGUUUGUGCAUUUCUUCUUCAUAUCGAAUGCCAUGCUGGGCAGCUGGGGGCAUGGGGCAUAUGAGUUCUACAAUUUUCUGUUCAUCAUUUCCAUGUUCUGGGCGAUCCAUUGCAAGGACUCUAUUGAAGCAGUGCAAUCGGCGCUCGUCAUCGAUGCUUCAAGCAUAUUCUUUGAUCUAGUCAGCAUUAUCAUUUAUUUCCAUUUCAUGAAUGGUUGGGCCAUUGCCUUCAGCAUUAUCAACCUGAUUUUGCGCCCCGUAAGUGUGGCCCUGCUAUACCGCGAGUUCAACACGCGGGGCGGCAGCCUGCAGACGGGCUCGGUCUUCCCCACUAGCCAGCAGCGCAGCUAUCAGGACAUUGACCGUCCCACGCAGCCGACUCCGACCAACUCGCAGCCAGGUCCCAAUGUGGCCAGCAUUUUCUAG